CGCGUCCCCGCCCCGGGCCGGCCCCCGCCCGCCCGCCUGCCUCUGUCCGCCCGGCCGCAUCUUCCUCCGCCUCCCGCCCCGAGGACCAUGUCCAGGCUGAGCUGGGGGUACGGCGAGCACAACGGUCCUGUUCAUUGGAAUGAAUUUUUCCCUAUUGCCGAUGGGGAUCAGCAAUCUCCAAUUGAGAUUAAAACCAAGGAAGUGAAAUAUGACUCUUCGCUCCGACCUCUGACUAUCAAGUAUGACCCCAGCUCAGCUAAAAUCAUCAGUAAUAGUGGCCACUCCUUCAGUGUUGGCUUUGAUGACACGGAGAACAAAUCAGUUCUGCGUGGGGGUCCUCUCACUGGAAGCUACAGGCUACGGCAGUUCCAUCUUCACUGGGGGUCCGCGGACGAUCAUGGCUCCGAGCACGUGGUGGACGGAGUGAGAUAUGCCGCAGAGCUCCAUAUUGUUCAUUGGAAUUCAGACAAAUACCCCAGCUUUGUGGAGGCAGCUCAUGAGCCCGAUGGACUAGCUGUCUUGGGCGUAUUUUUACAGGUGGGUGAACAUAAUUCCCAACUGCAAAAGAUUACUGACACUUUGGAUUCCAUUAAAGAAAAGGGUAAACAAACUCUGUUCACGAAUUUUGACCCCUUAUCUCUGCUUCCUCCAUCCUGGGACUACUGGACUUAUCCUGGUUCCCUGACAGUCCCGCCUCUGCUUGAGAGCGUCACAUGGAUCAUUUUAAAACAGCCUAUAAAUAUCAGCUCUCAACAGCUGGCCAAAUUCCGCACCCUCCUGUGUACAGCGGAGGGCGAAACAGCAGCUUUCUUGUUGAGCAAUCACCGUCCACCACAGCCUCUGAAGGGCAGAAAAGUGAGAGCAUCUUUUCGUUAAAAGUUGUCGCUGGUAGCCCACCCCAGACACAUCUGCAGAGAGAAAACAAGUCACGACAAAACCCACAAAUCCUUGCUAACACCUCUUUCCUAGGAUUCUAAUUCACGGGUACCAUUUUGCUCUCAGCUUCAGCACACGAAGAAAAUCAGAUCUCUUUCAUCAAACUAACUUGACUGACCUGUCUCAGAUUUGCUGUCAUGGGUAUUCAAGCAGUAAACACUGUUUGGUGUGUAUUAAAACCCAUGAAAUGCGUCUGCUUGAACCACCGUGAAAACAUGGCCAGCACUGCAAACCUCAGAAUCUAUUAAAAAUUUUCCCUUGCCAUUGAGACUGAAUCAGUCACAUCCCUCUGUGAUGUUGGGUGAAAAACUUAAAUUCAUUUCCAGAAUGAUAGGAUUCUAAUACUUUUUUCUAUACAAGUGAUUUUGCCUAAUGGCUUGAUAUCAUUCCAAUUCUUAAAAUAUUUUUAUAGAUAAUACUUAAUUAUCUAUAGAUAGUAUAUUUCCUUUUAAAGUGAAUUUUUGUUUUGAUUACGUUGCUGAUUCUCAUUGCGUGAUACCUUUGAUAAAAUGAACAAUGUGAGAGUUAUGGGGGGGUUGGGACAUAGGUAUUUAAAGCGUCUACUCCACAACUCAAAAAUAACCCAUAUGACUUUGGUGAGGAAUUCCUCAGGAUAUAAACAGCUAUUUAAACUUGAAUGAACUGUGCCAUAUAUCACAUUCACUCAGUAAUAUUCAUGAUAAACUGGCUAAUGACUGAUCAGAUGCAAUGCUUGCCAAUUUAUGGCAUCACCAUGGUUUGAAACUAACAGAUUACAAGGUACCCAAGCCACAGAGCUGCCCAGGGGAUGGUGAGCAGUGGCUCGCUUUUGCCCUGUGUUUUGCCGACAGAGCAGGGAGCAAUCCUGUGCUGCCCAUUGCUCUGUCAGCUGAUGGGAAAAAUUACUUGAGUCUCAUAUAAAUGGGCAUCAGUCCACAAACCCUUCCACCCAUUUCCAUCCAAAGCCCAUCUCCCCCUUUAGACGUGUCCUCAGUCUCUUAAGUAAUUUUGUAAGUUGGCUCUUUAGAUUAGUUUUAACCUAUUUUCGCUUGUAUAUUUUUGUUUGUUUGUUUUUGGUGAAGGAGGGUGGGGAAGUUCCUUUUUCUGGUACAGAGUGACACUAAGCAGUAACUUGAUGACCGCAUUUAAGACUUGAACACAUGCUACACUUGUGUCGUCUUCUGAGAGAAGUUUAACUGAGUUUCCUUGAUUUUGAUUAUUUCCUUCAGAUACAUCUCUUCCUCUGGAUGUAGAUUUUGCUAAUUGAGAUUAUUCUGUGAUAGACUUCUUGCUAGGAUAGCUCAGUGUCAGUGACCUGCGUAAUAAUGACUUAUAUGGCUGCAUAUGAUGAGCGCCUGAAGGCUGAGCUGAUACCUUGCUGAUUUUUGUUUUCUCCUCACAGUAUCCAGCUUGAGGGCUGGCAGGAGAUUGACAUAUAGUUAUAUUUAAUGAGUUGAAUACUUUUUAAAGUUUUAUUUAUCUUUGGUAAUUAUCUUGCUAUUUGCGAUCAAAUGCACUAUAAGUCAAUGUAACAAGUAAGAUAUAAGUUUUCUCUUGAAAAUUGUUUCUUCUUAAAGGGAUACUUAUUAAAUCUACCUGUGUAACUGGGAGCUCUAAUGGUUUUAAAAAUACCAAUGUUGAAUGGAAGGUGUUUCUUUUGUUUGGAAAGAUACGUUAUGAAAUAUCAUAGUCUGAGAAAGAAGUCUGUUUUCUCAGAGACAGUAAAUUGCUAUAUGUGGAGGGGGUGUAGGAUGGGGAUUCCCAUUACUGUGUGUAUGAGAAUUACCACUUCGUGACUUACAAUUUAUGCUACAAUAUUGCAUCAGUUCUAUGCUGCACAUUGGACUUUCGUAGACUAAAAAAAGUGUACCAGCACUGAUUUCCUUGAAGAUUGUCUGCUAAUUAAUUUAUCUCUUAGAGGCAAAAGGUCUAAGUGUGUCAAAGUUAUCUUUCGAAAAGAUCAAAUAGUUAUAAAUACUAGUAUAGAUCUCUUUUGUUUUUCCAUAACAUGUAUUGGGUUUAUGUUUGUUAAACAUUUUGAAUUUUAACUUAAAGUGGAUUCAACCACAAUAAAGAAAAUGAGACAAACUUUGAACUUUAUCAGGGACUUGUAUGUACAAGACACAGAAUGAGAUCACAGUUUUACAUCUUUUAUUGAGAAGAUAAUCUCAAACUUACAGGAAAAUUGCAAACACAGUACAAAAACCAUUUUUUUCCUGAAUUAUUUGAGAGUAGGUUGCCAGUCUGCUGCUGUAUCAUCCCACAAGCUUUAGUGUCUAUUUCCUACCAGCUAGGACAUUGUCUUGCACACCGCAAUACAGCUAACACAACUGUGAGAUUGACAUCAUUUCAUUGGUACCACCGAAUCCAUUCGAGAAUAACUGGUUCAUUCAGUUGUCGUGUUUCCUUCUGUUGGGAACCAUUCCUCAGUCUGUCUUUGGUUUUCAUGAUCUUCACACUUUUAAAGAUUAGAGGUGAGUUAUUUUAUAGAAUGUCCCUCAAUUUGGGUUUGUUUGAUGUUUCCUUAUGAUUAAAUUCAGAUUAUGCAUCAUUGGCAGGAAUAUCACAAAAGCAAUGCUCAAUGCUGUGUUCUUCUUCUUCUUCUUCUUCUUUUUUUGGUGAGGAAGAUUGGCCCUGAGCUAACAUCUGUGCCAAUCUUCCUCUAUUUUGUAUGUGGAAUGCUGCCACAGCAUGGCUCGUUGAGCGGUGUGUAGGUCCGUGCCCAGGAUCCAAACCUGUGAACCCCGUGCCACUGAAGUGGAGCAUGUAGAUUUAACCACUAUGCCCCCAGGCUGGCCCCAACUGUGCUCUUCUCAUUGCAUCCUGUCAGGAUAGAAUCCUAUCAGACAACCAAUUUGGAUUUGUCCUCUUAUGGAGAACGUUCAUUUCCGUCCCUUGAUUAAGAUGGUGUGUGCUAUGCUUCUCCAUCGCAAAGUCACUCUUUUAUCCUUUGAAAUUAACAAAUAUUUGUUUGGGGAUGUGCUUGAGAUGAUGUAAAUGUCCUAUUCCUCAUUAAAUCUCUAAUUUAUCCAUUUAUUCCUGAUAUAGACUUAGUGAUUCUUAUUUUAUUCGGUGGGCUGUAAUCUGUUAUCAUUAUCAUCUCAUUUAUCUAUUCUCAUGUGCCCAUUUUUCUUGAUUUGGCCAAUAGGACACCUUCAAGCUGACUUCCGUGUCUUUUUUGACUUGUCCCUACUUCCUUACUUUCUGACAGCAAUAUGAUUUUCCUGGCUCAUCUCAUUCUUUCCCUUCCCCAGCCCAGGAAUCUACCAUUUCUCUAAGGAGCCUUGCUUUCUUUUAGUGGAGAAUAGUAUUAAGAAAACCAAGAUCUGGGUACUAAAUGAUCUCAUUGCUAUUGGAGUCUUGCUACUCCUAGAUCCUUUCCAUGGACAGAGGUUGGGAAUGUGUACACACACACAUACACAUAUGCACACAUACACAUGCAAACAUAAUUUGUUCAUGUUCAACAUCUAUAUUUCUAUAUUUAUCUAUAUUAAAAAUCAUGAUGACACACUCACAUCUCUGAUUUCAGUCCAACACUACAGGGUUCAUUCUGGUUCUCCACUUUCAUAUUUGUAAUUUCCUUCCCCACCAGUGAGAAACCGGGCUUCCAUUAUCCUCCACAUAUGUCCUUAUUUGGCCAGUUCUUCUGUAUGUAUCCAGUAUCCCAUCUCCACCUCUGACCUCUCACCCCCACCUUGCAUGGAUGCCCUUCUCACUCAGCUUGGGCUGCAGUGUCCUGCACUGGGCUGCCUUGUCCCCCCAAGGGAAGGGAAGGGAAGGAAAGGGAAGAGAAGGGAAGGACAAUAGCAAGGUUACAUUGUGAAAGACUCACUGGGCUGUUCACAGGGAAGUUCUUUAUUUCCAACACAAGGUUAUUGAAAAUAUAAUACCUGUACCUAUACACAUUUUAUCGUAAGAGGCUGUGGAAUGGAAUAUUUUGUAAAAGCCUUUUAAUACCUUCUGAGUGGGGCUGCAGAAAAUGUAGGCCAAGGGAUAGUGGUCUCAUUUCAGGGGCUGGAAAGGCACCCUGACCCUUGGAUAAGUACUUCAACUUGCUCUUGUUUCAAAUUCUACUGAAGAAGAUUAAAUUUUUUAUCUUAAGGUUUCAAGACUUAUUGAAAUGCAAACUCCUCUCAAAGGAUAAUUUUUGAAGUCACCACCAGUCAUUUACACUUUGAUCUUUGUACAACAGCUUUUGACGGGAAUAAAGACUGUGGCAGAAGGAAUGUUAACAUGGUAGAAAUGAGUCAAAGUUCUGAGUGUUAGGAUAGUUGAGAUGAACUGGAGCUACUUCACAAUUUUGCCUGCACUCUUCAUUCUUACCUGCACCCUAACCCCUUGCACCAUGACUGAUGUGUGGCAAAUACUCAAUGUUAGUGAAUAGAACACGUUAGUUCUUGUGUUAUUGCAUUAGCUCCCUUCGAUGGGCAUCUCUAUGAAUUAGAUGGAUGGAAACUAUUUCCAAUUAACUUUAUUAGAGGAUGCCACAGAGGUUUGCAAGAAACUUAUGGAAUGUGACCCUGAUGAAUUAGGAUUCAUUGUGAUCACUCUUUCUGACGCAUAGCUUGUCAAUAAUGGAAGCACCAAAUACUGUCUUAUUUGCAACAGAAAUUAAAUUUUUGCUGCCAUACACUAACUCAAAAAUUUUGAUAUUUUCAUUAACUUGACUUGAUAAACUUUAUGUGAAUUAAACCUUGUGAAUUAAACCUUGUCUUUAAAAAAG